AUGGAGUCCUGGAGGUCACGUGAAGGGCACAGGGAGAAUUGGGAUGACAAAAUCUUUGUGCAGAAGUCAGGGCCUUACAAGCUCACCGGGGAGUGUGGCGACCUGACAGCCAAUGUUACACUCAGGAAAGCCUUCUGCCCUCGCCUCAGCAGCGCAGAAGCAAAACCAAACGGGUGUCAAAUAUGCUGCAAAAGACACAACUGCGGCGAGCGGGACAGGGGCGGCAUAGACUGCGGUAUCACACUCACCACACCACGGCCCCGUACAAUGAGCUCUAUGAACGGGGAGAGAGGAGACCCGAUUGCAGCACUACACAAUGGGAUCGCUGUGACUGACACCUGGCCUUUAGAUCUGGAGUGGGGAGGGAAAAACCUGCCCGCAGCUAGAGCCAGUGACUGCUCCUCUGUCUGGCCCCGCUGCAGACCCCGGCAUAGGGACGGCAGCUGUAUGAUGGCGGGGCGGCUCGCAUGGGACACUUUGGAAGGGAUCAGACGACUCAUUGGCUUUUUGGCUGGAGGGGUUGGCUGCUCUUCAGAGGAUGUGGCUGACAGAUAUCCGCACACUGUCAAUGUCAAACAGCAGAAAAGCUCCUACUCUUCCACUCAAAGUGACCAGCCUUCUAGAUCCUCUCACUCAAAGCCCUGGAGACAACACAAGCUGAUUGGUUCUCUCAUCCAACAUCAGACAGACUACUGCAAGAUCUUCAAGUGGAGCGCAAGAAAGAUGGCACCCAGCAGCAUUAAUGCCACAUUAUCCACAUACACACAAGCCUCAGUCAAAGCUAACGGCUACACAAAUCCAAGGGCUUGA